AUGGCCCCCUGUCCCCAGUCUGCCCCCUGCCUGACUGGCAGCCCCCUGGGCCUCAUAUGUUUGUCCCUUUUGCUCACCCCUGCUGCAGCUGGAACCUACUGUGAAUGCAGCCUUGGCCUCAGCCGUGAGGCCCUGAUUGCCCUGAUCGUCGUGCUGGCGGGUGUCGGCGCCACCUGCUUCUCCGCCCUCAUCAUUGUGGCAAUUGGUGUCUUGCGAGCCAAGGGUGAAACCAUAGGGCCCGGACGCACGGACAACAGGUUUGUGGGUCAUUUUGGGGUCCAGGAAGAUCAAAUGGACCUGCACACAGUGCACGUGGAGUCCCACCUCCUGGACCCUGACUUGGAGGUGUCCACAAUGCCGCCCCUGGAGGACCACAGCCUCGGGAACAUCCCCAUGGAGGCUUCUCUGGAGGAGCCACCGCCUCCACUUCCACCUCUGCCACCCCUGCCACCUGAGUAGGGCUGAGGGCAGCUGGGAAGGGAUUAAACAAUAUUUGGUGGCUGUGGCUGUCUCUCCUGCUGGCUCCCCAUAGUCCACCAAGGCUGCACCGGGGAUGGGGCACGCAUAUGGGGGCCUUCGUUAUCAGUGGAAGGAGGGGUGCCCAGGCCCUCCACCAAGCUGCCCUGGGACCCCAUGUCAGGAGACCACAUCCUGAUGUUUCCACUGCCUCCUGCCAGAGCUGUCAGCCAAGCCUGUCCUUGCACCUUCCUGCUGUUUUGUCCCAUGAAGCUGUGAGAGAUCCUGGGUCCCUAUCCAUUCGCACUUUUGGAAAACCCCAAGACAGGAUCUGAAGUUGGCAACUCCAAAGGGACCAGCCUUUGACAGACUGGGGCUGAUGCUGGGUCCCCACUGCACUCACACUGUCCCUUUGAGGUUUCAGGAAAGUGGUGGUGGGGGGAGGCGCCGGAGGGCAGGCAGAACUUCCCCUGCCUGUUAGUGCGGUGCCUCUUCCCCUUCAAGGCCUGUGUCUUGAGCUCAGUCCCCCUGGAUCAAUGACCAUUAUCUACCCUUCGAAUUCGGUCCGUC